CUUUUUCUUCAGCUUUACACCCCCCCUUUUUUUUUUUAAUUUAAAUAUUCUUUUCCUUUUCGUUCGUGUCUUCGCUUGUGUUCCGUCCCUGUACACCUUCCUUUCCCUAAAGGCAAAUCUGAGUCCGAACUAGAGGUAAGCUCGCAGCCAUUUUCGGCCCGGCAGCUCGGAGGCUCGGUGGGCGCCUCGGAGUCCAGUCGGAGCAGCUGGUCUGUGAUGUUCUUCUCUUAGCUGGAUUUUCUGUUUUCUUGGUGAAGACUUGGAGACCAUGUCUACAGGACUCUCAUCCACAGGAGAGGAGGAAAGGUCCGACCCAGGACCUCGUUUUAGGUCUAAACAGAGGAAGAUGUUGCACCUUCUCUUGGAGAGAGACACUUCCUUCCCCAGCGGUUCAGAUCUCCCCGGGUCUGGUGAUGCUGCAAAUCUAAGCAUUUUGUCUGGAGGAACCCCAAAACGUUGCCUUGAUCUGUCGAAUCUUAGCAGUGGGGAGAUGUCUGCCACGCAGCUUGCCAUUUCUUCAGACCUUGAUGAAACAGGUAGGAAGAAGGGAGGUCCCUCGCAUUCUUCAAGCCCUCUGGAAGUACAUUUAGCUGGAACGGAUCAUCACCAGAACCUUAUGAAAGGCAACCCACUUCUUUGUAGCACACCAAAUGCUUUGGAUCAUGGCCUUGGAAAGAAAGAUUUGAUGUGUAGUUUAUUGACAAAGAAAGAAAAUGAAAACACCACUUUAAAAUCCACGGAGUGGAAAGCAUCUAGGAACCUGAGGUUUCAACGAAGACUAGGGGAGUCUCAUGUAUCUCCCCUUUCUCUGCUGGACAGUGGCAUCUUGGAAAAUGAAAUGAAAUAUCUAGGCAGUCCCAUUACAGCAAUUCCAAAGUUGGAUAAAAAUUCCAUACUAGAAGACAACAAGAUAGAAGAGAUUUCAAGUGAAUUGAUGGCGUUUUCCUUGGAAGAUGAAGAAGCCUCCAAGAACUUAAAUCUAAAGAAGACAGUCUCUUCCUCGGACAAUAUCAUUCAGAUACUGGAGGAUGAUUCUAACCAGGGGCAUCUGAUUGGUGAUUUCUCCAAAGUGUGUGUGCUGCCAACCAUAUCAGGGAGACACCAAGAUCUGAAGUACGUCAACCCAGAAACAGUAGCUGCUUUACUAUGCGGGAAGUUCCAGAGUUUGGUUGAGAAGUUUUUUAUUAUUGAUUGCCGCUAUCCAUAUGAGUACCUGGGAGGACACAUCCAGGGAGCCUUAAAUUUAUAUAGUCACAAAGAACUGUAUGACUUCUUUCUGAAGAAACCCAUUGUCCCCUUGGAUAUCCAGAAAAGAAUAAUCAUUGUGUUUCACUGUGAAUUCUCCUCUGAGCGGGGCCCCCGAAUGUGCCGUUCCCUGAGAGGAGAGGACAGGGCUCUGAACCAGUAUCCUGUGCUGUAUUACCCAGAGCUGUAUAUCCUCAAAGGGGGCUACAGAGACUUUUUCCCAGAAUACAUGGAGCUGUGUGAACCCCAGAGCUACUGCCCUAUGCAUCACCAAGACCAUCAAGCUGAGCUGCUGAGAUGUCAAAGCCAAAGCAAAGCUCAGGAAGGCGAGCGGCAACUCCGGGAGCAACUCGCCCUCCUGGUGAAGGAUGUGAACCCAUGAAGGUGGUUUAGUCACUGGCAGUGAAGAAGUCACCAAGAGACAUUGGAGUGACCCUGUGGACACCAUCUCUGUAGCUAAACCUAAGAAUAUUAAAAAGAUGUCCACACACCAACAAGCUGCCUCACUAAGGAAAUCCGAGGAGUAGGGAGUCCUUAGGUUUCAGUGGAACA